AUGUCUCCUGAGCAUCUCCCCAUCGCGUCUAUGCGGGCUGGCGGCACCAACAUGCAAGGCCAGCGGGAGCUGGGGGGAGCACCUGGCCACAUGCCCCCUCUCUGCGCGUUUCUGAGUGACCUCGCAGAGCAAGCAGGCGGGGUUUCCUUCUGCCGGGUUUCUAAAGACAGCGGUGCAGGCUCGGCACCUGGGAGACAGGGCGCUGACGCUGUGGAGUGGGCGAGUCCUCGCUCCCUCCUUCCCCCGCCGGAUGGGGAUGGGGAAGCCAGGAUCUCUGGGCGCAGCGGAGAGGGCUUGUCUGCCUCCGCCAGUGGUCCAGACCUAGGGGAACACAGCGGCGCCUGGGGAGAGUUUGAAGGCUUUCGGGAAUCCUCAGCCAGGUCUGAACAAUUCUCUCAGUCCUUUGAGCUCCCGGAGAGGCCCACAGAACCCCAGCCGCCGAGAACCAUUUCUGCCCAAAAGGAGCGUAGUUCUCGCCAGCCUCACCAGGGUGGACCUGGGGUGACAGGAACCAGCGCCAUCACAUCUUCUGAGCCUAUUGUCAGCUAUGAGAAGAUUUUUAGGUUCACUUUUCAAGAAGUACCAGUCCCACAGGCAACUGAAGAUGUUUCCACCUUAGACCAUUUCUUAGAAACAAGCAAUGAAGAAAAACUUGGCCUUGAAUCUGUGCAUAAACUGUGGUCUGAAUCCAGAAAACUCUGGAGAGCUCUUCAGAACCCCAGGACCACGAUGACUUCCCGAUGCCUCUGGAGCGAGUCCUGUUGCCGGGAAAACUUCCUUCUUGUUCUCGGAAUAGAUGCUGCUCAGAAGAGCCUUUCGGAGGGCCCGGGCCGCACUCUGGGAGACCCCGGCCUCCAGGAGCCCGAAGAGCUCGGCUUCCGCCUUCACCGCUGCAGAGCCCUGAUCCAGACCAAGCUCUCAGGGACGCCGGGCGGCAGACAGGGCAGCCUGAUCACAUACAGCCUCUUCCUCAAGACCCCCAUACACGGAAAUGGGCAAUACAUCACAAUUCCAAGGAAGAAGAAGAUUUUCACUCCUUGUAACCUAAAAAUGACAUUGUUUAACAGUGACGUUUGCUAAAGCGGGAGAACUUUGUGUCUUGAUGAGGGAUCUUAAGGUUUCUUACCGGUUUGGUUUGGUACUAGAAACCAGAGCUAUUUUGUAGAGGGGUGCUCCAUAUCAGGGCUGACGCUUUGAUGGGGGGAAAUGUCCCUCGGGAGAGCCAGUCACCAGGAAGGGGGCACCCGGGUCCCCAGGAGCCCCACCCCAGCCUGGCUCCAGGGACCCUCCCCUGGGAAGGUGUUGCCAGCCGCUGGAGGCACCUGUGAGGGACCCCAGGCCUGGUUGCCUGAGCCAUGCUGCCUGGGACCCCAGGGUGGCUUCACACGUGGCUGGAACUGUCACUGGGAGCAGCCAUUCAGGGACCCGGUAGGCCCUGCGUGCGUUGCUGCCACACUGGCCCCUGGCCUGGGUGUCCACGUGGCAAGGCACACGCAGGGGUAGGUGCUGUUUCCGCAAAGCGAGUGUGCUCGCCUGCCCGGUGCCUGGGUG